AUGCCUGAACCGAAUUUAGGGGCCUAUGGUGGGAUAUGCAGUGGUGGAUUUUGUUUGGGGGGAUGGGGAGCAAGGAGUCAGAUAGAAGAGGAAGAGGAAGAGGAAGAAAGAGAUAGAUGGGGUCGUUUGGCGUUGGCGAUGGGCAAUGACAUGGUGUGGCAGGAAAACAGAAA